UUCAAAAGGAAUAAAAAAAUCCGAUUUUUACAUAACAUUUCAUCUUUAGGAGACGACGAGAGAAACUGAGAUUGGAUUCGAUUUCUGGAGCAGUAAUUGGAAUUACUCACGCGGAGCUUCGGAAUACUUUAAUUGGAGUCGUUCGUAGAUUCCUUACUUGUCAAUUUGGUUUUUUCUCAGAUCUGGGUAUCUCCGAUUUGGGAUUUGAAUUCACAGAUGUCGAAACCUUGGGGUGGAAUCGGUGCCUGGGCCGAUGAGGCUGAGCGUGCCGAUGAAGAGCAAGCUGCUGAAGCUACAGCUACGGCGGCGGAUUCACAGAGUUUCCCGAGUCUGAAAGAGGCUGCUACUGCUAAGUCUUCUAAGAAGAAGAAGAAGAUGAUGACUUUAUCCGAGUUUGGAGCAUACAACGCACCCAGUUCUGCUGGAUUAACGAGGGAACAGAUGCUUCAGCUUCCUACUGGUCCAAGACAACGCUCUGAGGAUGAAAUGCAACCUGGUCGUCUCGGUGGUGGAUUCUCUUCUUAUGGUGGAGGUAGGUCUAGCGGACCUCCUGGAAGAAUGUCACGGGAUCGAGAUGAUUCUGAUGGCUCUUGGGGUGGAGGUGCUGGUGGUAGGAGAUCUUAUGGCGGAUUUGACGAUGAUCAGAGAGGAUCUAAUUCUAGGGUUUCUGAUUUCCCACAAGUGUCUAGGGCUGAUGAGGAUGAUGAUUGGGGAAAAGGAAAGAAAUCGCUUCCUUCCUUUGAUCAGGGACGCCAAGGUGGUCGUUAUGGUGGCCUCGGAGGCGGUGCUGGUGGCGGAGGCAGUUUCGGAGGCGGUGGUGGCGGAGGAGGUGGCUUCUCUAAAGCUGACGAGGUUGACAAUUGGGGAGCGAGUAAAGCUAAAUCAUCUACAUACGGGUCGAGUUACCGUGACUCUGGACCAGAACCUGACCGGUGGGCUCGAGGAGUUCUUCCUUCCGGUGGUGUUCAGGAGGAGCGCCGUCGUCUUGUUUUGGAGCCACGAAAGGUUGAGACAGGAGUGAGUGAAACUGAAACUGCUGUGAAGACGAGUAAGCCGAGUCCAUUUGGCGCAGCUAGACCAAGAGAGCAAGUUUUGGCGGAGAAAGGAUUGGACUGGAAGAAAAUUGACUCGGAGAUUGAGGCCAAGAAGGGACAAACGAGCAGACCAUCUAGCGCACAAUCUAGUAGACCAUCUAGUGCUCAAUCUAACAGGUCUGAGAGUUCAGCAUUGAACAAUGUGGAGAAUGUGGUGAAACCGAGACCAAAGGUAAAUCCUUUUGGCGAUGCAAAGCCUCGGGAAGUAUUGCUCGAGGAACAAGGGAAAGAUUGGCGUAAGAUUGAUUCUGAACUCGAGCAUCGCAGGGUUGACAGGCCUGAAACAGAAGGAGAGAGAACGUUGAAGGAAGAGAUCGAAGAAUUAAGGAAAAAACUCGAGAAUGAAGCAGAUAACCCACCUGAGAGCAAGGAAUCUCAACAAGAAGCUGACAGUAACAACCAUAGUCUACCGGAUCUUAUACGUGAGAAAGAAAAGGACCUGGAGUUACUGAUCCGUGAGUUGGACGACAAAGUCAGGUUUAGGCCGAGAGCAGUCGAGAGACCUGGAUCCAGUGCAAGCAGAACUUCCUAUUCAGAAAGACCUCAUUCACGGGCUGGAUCAGUUGAUGAGUCUAGAAGUGUCGAAUCCAUGGAAAGGCCUAGAUCACGUGGCACAGGUGAUAAUUGGCCAAGACCUGUAGAUGAUCGAAGAAACUUCCAAGGAAGCAAGGAACGAGGAUUCUUCAACAACAGGAGUUUCGACAGGUCAUCGAGGCAAGGAUGGUAAGAAGGCAACGAGGAAUGGAUGUGGAAUGAGAUUGGAGUUUGGUUUUACACACCAUUCCCAGAUUUUGAAGAAGACAGUGAAGAGAGAGAAGUUUCAAUAAUAUUAAUAAGAAAAAUUCAUCUCCUUUAAAAACAACCUAAUUUAGGGGGUUUUUGUUUUAUUUUUUCAAUUGGUACAUCUUCGGAAUUGAAACUUUAAUGGUUUCUUCUCCUUGCUGUUUUUUUUGGUCUUUUGCUCGUCAAACGGCAUGGCACAAGACUUGUGACAAUUGAUGUCUUCACAAUUUUGGAGACAGAGACUCUGUUAUGUUCUUCUUCUCCGUUUAACAAUUCUAUUUACCAUUAUUGUUUCAAUUUAUGAGAUUGUGUCUUAAUAUUA